CCAGCGCUCGGUAUCGUUUCGUCGUCAAGUCUCGCGAGUGUAGUGAAGUGAAGUUAAAGUGAAAAAGUGAAACAUUGUGUUGAACAAGUGAAGUGCAAAUUGUGAAAAAGGAUAUGCGCUACGCUUGAAGGCAAAAGGAUAUGCCUUGCAGGCCAUUAGUGGCGCCUAGUGAAGGAUCAGCAGAUCCUUAAAGGAUAAUAAUUAGAUCUUGUUUUGUGUAUGAUCUCAUGGUUACUGCGCAUUUUUAUACAAUUAAGCAGUAGCUUAUGACUUCCGCUGUGUGGUGAAUUUCGCCGAAACUGUACUUUUGAAGUUUAAAAAAAAUUAAUUUGCUAUAUAAAGUGAUUUGAUACUAAAUGACUAUGAACGGAAAAUUAAUUUCGUUUUGGCUAUUGUUGUUGCUGCAGCAAUGCUGCCAACAUAUUGCCGCUGAGGAUGAAGUGCACAGCCCGAUCAGCGCUGAGAAUGUGGACUUAACUGAAAAUAAUGACCGAGAAGAACGUGACUUGUUUUCAUAUUUUAGGAAAUCACCAGCGGCUCAGCCGGUACCACCAGUUAGCCUGAACUUAGGCGUCGGCUCGGCUUACGGCGGUGGCGGCGCUUACGGUGUUAAGACGAGCUACUCUGGGUACGGCCACAAUCAUGGUGGUGGUGGCGGUUAUGGUGGAAGCGGUGGUUAUGGCGGAAGCGGUGGUUAUGGUGGUGGUGGAAUUGGUGGUGGUUAUAGUGGAUAUGGCGCUGGAUAUAGUAGUUAUGCGGUUAAAGGAAAACAGUAUAAAGGCGGUUAUGGAAGCGGCAGCACCGGCAGCCAGUCCAGCUUCGACUUCUUAACGCAUGGAAAACCACAAAUUCCCCCUUACGGUGACUGCUCAGCCUACCAGUUGCCAUCGAAAAUGUCACUAAAAUGUCGUGGCAAUCAGUGUGAAGUCAGUUGUACGGCUGAAUAUAGAUUCCCUGAUGGUUCGAGCUCACUGAAGUUGGCCUGCAUAAAUGGUGAUUGGAUAAUACGCGACUCAGCGCUUACCACAGUGCCGCCAUGUCAAGCUACUUGCACACCACCUUGUGAGAAUAACGGUAUUUGCGUUGAGGCUGGCGUAUGCAAAUGCGCUGAGAACUUUUAUGGUCCAUGGUGUCAGAAUAAGAAGAGCUUUUGUAGCGGCAAGCCGCCAAUACCGCGAAAUUCUAAAGUUCAAUGUAGAAAUAACAUCUGUAAUGCUGAGUGCAUGAGCGGCUUUCAAUAUCCGGAUGGUAGUUCUAUAACGAAUCUCGAAUGUGUCGAUGGCGUCUGGUUUCAUAAGCAGUCAAACUCAGUAAAGCCACCGGAUUGUGCGCCGAUUUGUGAACCGGCCUGUCAGAAUGGCGGUAAAUGCAUCUCGUUCAAUAUGUGUCAGUGCACAAAAGAAUAUCGCGGCGAUUAUUGUCAAUACAGCGUACAAGCUUGCAAUGUAACCAAGACCGGCUUCAAUGGCAAUUUCAAAUGUAAAUACGAUGGUUUGGAGGCUAAGUGCAAAUUGUCAUGUCCAACAUCAAAGGGUGUAACGGUAGAGGGCGAUCUGGAUAUUGAGUAUUCAUGUAAAUACAGUGUUGGUGAUUUCUAUCCGAAACCAUUGCCCAAAUGUAUAUAUGCACCUGGCUACAAAAUUCGUGAUGUCUUUACAUAUUCCAAAUACAAUACAACCUACGGUAGCGGCGGUGGAUUAACCUUUGGCCACGGCCAGCAAUGGGCUACCGAGCGUGAACGUAUUCAAGCCAUAAUCGACAAAUUUUCGAAUGUCCACAGUGAGUGGUGGUCCUCAGAGGAGACACAAGUUUCGUCGACGCGCUACACACUCUACACAGAAGGCGAUGUCGAUGUUGUGAUCGAUCGUGCCCCGAAGCCGGCAUUGUGUACCACUUGGGGUGGCAUUAAUAUGAAGACUUUUGAUGGUUUGGUUUUCAAAGCACCGCUUUCAUGUUCGCACACGCUUAUCAACGAUAAAGUCGAUGCCACAUUUGAUAUAACACUCAAGGCUUGUCCAUAUGGCUCCGGUUAUGGCUGUGCGCAUGCGCUGACGAUCUAUUGGCAGUCCAUACCAUAUUCGCUGGAUAAUAUUAACGGCACCGUACAUCUCUCCACACCAACGAAAAAGUUCCCCAUACCCGUACAGGUGAUGGGCAUGAAAAUAAUACCGGUGGCAGAGCAUUUGCAAAUUCAAUUGGAGUCUGUUGGCCUACAAAUCGAUUGGGAUCGUCAUCAAUAUCUCGGCAUACAUGCCGGCCCAUUGUUGUGGUCCAAAGUUGGCGGUCUAUGUGGCACAUUGGAUGGUGAUAAUAAGAACGACUUGAUGUCAAAAGGUGGCGUGGUCGUGGAAACCGUUAAGUCUUUCACCGACUCCUGGCGCGUUGAAGACAGUUCUGAAUUGUGUUUAAUGGAGAAUAGUCGUGAAUUGGAAUUCGGUUCUGAGACUUGUGAAACGGCGAAGCGUGCGAAGGCUAUUAACGUGUGUAGUCGUCUUUUGUCGAACGAUAAACUAGAAAAAUGCAUAAAAGGCAUUAACUUUGAGGCUUUGUUGCGCGCAUGCGUAGAUGACUAUUGCAAUUGUCCGAACCGCGAACAUCCAGAGACUUGCAACUGCGAUGCCGUCUCUAUGUUGGCUAAAGAGUGCAUCUUCAAGGGUAUUAAACUGGAGCAUGGUUGGCGUGAUUUGGAAAUUUGUCCUGUGAGCUGUAGCUAUGGACGCGUUUAUUUGCCCUGCGGCCCGGACGUAGAGCCGACAUGUGAUAUGGCAGUGACACCCAACCCAACCAAAUGUAAUGAGGGUUGCUUUUGUCCCGCCGGUACGGUGCAGUAUCAAGAUGCUUGCAUCACACAGGAGCUGUGUCCGUGUACUAUGCGUGGUAAGGAGUUCAAACCGGAGGAGGUGAUCAAGAAGAAAUGUAACACCUGCACCUGCAAAAGCGGCAAAUGGAAAUGCACGGACGAGCAAUGCGGCGCGCGUUGUGGCGCAAUAGGUGAUCCGCAUUACCAGACUUUUGAUGGCAAACGUUUCGACUUCAUGGGUCAGUGCUCUUACUAUUUGUUGAAGACCGCUAAAUUGUCGGUAGAGGCGGAGAACGUGGCUUGUUCGGGUGCAAUUUCCGAGAAUCUCAACUUGGUGGCCGCUGCGGACAAUCCGUCGUGCACCAAGUCGGUGACAAUACGUUUUACGCUUAAGAAUGGUAUACAACAUACGGUGCGCUUGAAUCAGGGUAUGGCUGUGCAUGUCAACGAGAAGGAAAUCACUAAAUUCCCAAAAAUACUUGGCGCCGGUGAGGUGCUCAUACGUUUGGCCAGUUCGAGCUUCAUGACUGUAGAGUUCCCAGAUGGUAUACGUAUUUGGUGGGAUGGCAUCUCACGUGUCUAUAUCGAUGCGCCACCUACUUAUCGCAAUAAGACCGCCGGUCUUUGCGGUACAUUCAACUCGAAUACACAAGAUGAUUUCUUAACGCCGGAGGGUGAUAUUGAGACGGCUGUGGAGCCAUUCGCCGACAAGUGGCGUACCAAGGAUACCUGUGAUUUCCCAACAGAGACAGUACCUGGUCCACACCCAUGCAGUGCUAAUCCGGAAAAGCGCACCAAUGCCGAAAAGUACUGCAACUGGAUAAUGGAUGAAAUAUUCCAAGAUUGUCAUUGGACUGUCGAGCCGGAGCAAUACUAUGAGGAUUGUUUGUAUGAUGUGUGUGCAUGCAAAGAUGAACCGGACAAGUGUUUCUGCCCCAUUUUGGCUUCAUACGGUAACGAAUGUACACGUCAAGGUGUCAAGACUGGCUGGCGUAUGGCGGUGAAGGAGUGCGCGGUGAAAUGCCCGAUGGGUCAGGUGUAUGAUGAGUGUGGCGACACAUGUGCGCGCACCUGUGGCGAUCUGGUGACCAAAAACUCUUGCAAGAGCGAGUGUGUCGAAGGCUGUCGUUGUCCGCAUGGUGAAUACUUGAAUGAAAAUAAUGAAUGCGUGCCGCAACAUAAGUGCCCUUGUACUUACGAUGGCAUGACCUUCAAAUCGGGUUACAAAGAAGUGCGACCUGGUGAAAAAUUCCUCGAUUUAUGCACAUGCACUAAUGGGCUCUGGGAAUGCGAGGACGCUGGACCCGAUGAUGAAAAGAAUUAUCCACCUUCCUCACAAUUGCGUGCCGAAUGCGUAAAUCGGCCAUUCGCCGAAUUCUCCAAAUGUGCGCCCACCGAACCGAAGACCUGUAAGAAUAUGCAUGAAUAUGUCGAGAAUCUGGAGGACUGUGUGCCAGGUUGUGUCUGCAUGGCGGGUUAUGUCUACGAUACUUCACGUAAAGCCUGUGUGUUGCCAGAGCUUUGUUCCUGUCAUCAUGGCGGCAAGAGUUACUCGGAUGGCGAUAAGAUCAAGGAGGAUUGCAAUCAAUGUGUUUGUAAGAGCGGUAACUGGACAUGCUCAUCGAAUGGCUGUGGCUCAACUUGCUCCGUCUGGGGUGAUUCACAUUUCACCACAUACGAUAAUCAUGACUUUGACUUCCAAGGUGCCUGUGAUUAUAUACUCUCCAAGGGUGUGGCAGAGAAUGGCGACGGUUUCACGAUAACCAUACAAAAUGUCUUGUGUGGCACCAUGGGCGUUACUUGCUCGAAGUCGGUCGAGAUUGCGCUAUCGGGCAGUAUGCAGGAUUCUAUUACGCUAACAGCAGAUGCAGCUUACAUAACCGACCCGAAUAAAACACCCAUUAAAAAAAUUCGCGAUGCGAGCAACACUAAGGGUCAAGGCGCCUUCCACAUCUACAAAGCGGGCGUUUUCAUUGUGGUCGAAGUAAUACCGCUCAAACUACAAGUGAAAUGGGAUGAGGGUACACGCGUCUAUGUGAAACUCGGCAACGAAUGGAAGAACAAAGUGAAAGGAUUGUGCGGCAAUUACAAUGACAACGCUAUGGAUGACAUGCAAACGCCAUCGCAAGGCAUCGAAACCAGUCCGCUCAUCUUCGGACACGCAUGGAAGGUGCAACAAUUCUGCGCCAAGCCAACGACACCCAUCGAUGCGUGCAAGGAGCAUCCGGAGCGUGAAACGUGGGCGCAGCUCAAGUGUGGCGUACUCAAAUCGGAAAUAUUUAAGGAUUGCCACGCUGAAGUGUCUGUGGAGAAGUACCUGAAACGUUGCAUAUUCGAUACGUGCGCCUGCGAUCAGGGCGGUGAUUGUGAGUGUCUCUGCACUGCGGUGGCUGCCUAUGCACACGCCUGCUCCCAGCAUGGCAUCAAUAUACGUUGGCGUACGCCGCACUUCUGUCCCAUGCAAUGCGAUCCACAUUGCGCCGAGUACAAAGCCUGUACACCGGCAUGUGCUGUCGAAACCUGCGACAAUUUCCUCGAUCAAGGCAUGACAGAGCGCAUGUGCAACCAAGAGAGCUGUAUUGAGGGCUGCUCCAUCAAGCCUUGCGAUGAAGGUAUGAUCUAUCUAAACGACACCUAUAAGGAAUGCGUACCGAAGGCUGACUGCAAACCGAUUUGUAUGAUACGUGAUGGCAAAACUUACUACGAAGGUGAUGUCACAUAUAAGGAUGACUGCGCCACCUGCCGUUGUUCGAAGAAGAAAGAAGUUUGCAGUGGUGUUAAAUGUAAGGAACCGCUAACAACAACUGAACGUCCAUCUAAUAGUGUGGUGGAUAGCACGACACCACGUGCCUUUGGUACCGAUACGCAACCGAAGUGUGUGCGUGGCUGGACACGUUGGUUCGAUAAGGAUGGCGAUGCAACGGGCAAGACGGUGCGUUUGAAUGAUGAGGAGAAAUUGCCACGUUACGAUCGCAUGGAAAGCAUUUAUGGCACAUGUGUGAAGAAAUAUAUGAAGAAGAUUGAAUGCCGUGUGGUGGACACACACGAAUCACCUGACUAUAUGGACGAGAAUGUGCAAUGCAAUUUGGCAGAGGGACUCGUUUGUAAGGGACAAUGCCACGACUAUGAGUUGCGUGUGUUCUGUGACUGCGACGAAGCAACGACAACAACACCACCGAUAACUGAGAAGCCACAAAUCGGUCUGCCUUGUGAUUCUGUGAUAGCCGAGUAUAAAGAAUAUCCUGACGAUUGUCAUAAGUUCCUGCACUGUCAGCCGACGACCACAGGCAAUGGUUGGACUUAUGUGGAGAAGACUUGCGGUGAAUAUAUGAUGUUCAAUCCAACGCUGAACGUCUGUGAUCACAUAGCAACUGUGGAAGAGAUCAAACCAAGCUGUGCUCAGGUACCAGCAGAGCCGAUAACACCAAGUGAAUGCGCCGAAGGACAAGUGAUGGUGGAGUGUGCCAAUCAAUGUGAAUUCGCUUGCGAUUAUUAUGGUUCGAUUCUACGCAAACGUGGUCUCUGCAAGCGUGGAGAGCACUGCAAACGCGGCUGUGUUGAUAAGAAUCGCCCCGACUGUUUCGCUAUUGGCAAGUACUGGCGCGAUGAGACGACUUGCGUAGAAAUGGACGAAUGUCCUUGCAUGGACAAGUCAGAGAAUUACGUACAACCACAUAUGCCAGUAACCGGUGAGCACGAAGUGUGUCAGUGCAUUGAUAACGCAUAUACUUGUGUGCCGAAUGAGGUGCCGGAAUUACCAUAUGUUUUGGCCACCACCCCCGCCGAAGACGAGCAUGAGCCAGACUAUUUGCCAACCACAAUCGUACCACAUCUGAAAUGCGAGCCAGAACGCUUGAUACCGCUGAUACAAGGCGAUAAACCAUUGCCGGAUAGCGCUUUUAGCGCCAGCUCUACACUUAAUGCCUACAAUGCGCCCUUCAUGGCACGCAUUCCUGAAAAUCCAAAGAACAGCCUGGGCAGUUGGUCACCUGGUAUCGAUGAUCAGAUGCAAUAUCUACAGAUAAACUUCCCAGAACCAGAACCCAUCUUUGGCGUUGUUUUGGCUGGCAGUCCUGAUUUCGAUAACUACGUUACGCUUUUUAAGAUUCUAUACAGUCAUGAUGGUGAUUCGUAUCACUUUUUAGUCGAGGAGAAUGACGUACCACAAAAGUUUAACGGUCCACUCGACUCACGUACGCCGCAGAAAACGCUCUUCCAUAUACCUGUCGAAGCGAAAUCCGUACGCAUUUAUCCGAUAAAAUGGCAUGGUCAUAUUGCUAUGCGUGUGGAAUUGUUGGGUUGUGGUGAACCGCUCACUACAACCACGCCAACUACCACCACUGAGCAGCCGUUUGAGAAAAUUGUAGAGAAGACGACGACGACGGCAAAACCGAUGAAUUGGCAAGUUGAAGGCAAGUGUGAGGAUCGCAUGGGUGUGGAUAAUGGUCAAAUGCAUCCGAAACAAGUGAAAGCCAGUAGCGUUUGGUCGUUACCGCAACCGGCUAGGAAGCCGCGCUUAAUCGAUCUACUCAAACUCUCCUCACCGGUUGGUUGGCGACCUGUGGCGAAUACACCGAAUGAAUUUGUGCAAUUCGACUUCUUGGAACCACGCAACAUCUCCGGCUUCAUCACUAAAGGCGGUCCAUCCGGCUGGGUUACCAGCUUUAAGGUUAUGUUCUCGAAGAAUAAAUAUAUUUGGAAUAAGGUGCUAUACUUUGAUGGCCAACCCGAAGAAUUCCGUGGCAACUACGAUGCAAACAGUGAGGUCUUAAAUGUCUUCCGUUCACCCAUAUUGACGCGUUAUUUCAAGAUUGUACCAUCGAAGUGGGAAGAGAAUAUAAAUAUGCGCAUAGAACCAGUUGGCUGCUUCGAAACAUAUUUGGUUAAGGUAGAGGAGCCCGUGGUCGAGAACACACCAACAAAAUGUCAAGUUUGUGAUGGCAUUAAAGAUACGACCGCGGAAAGUGGAGAGUGCAAAUGCCAAAAUGGUUUAUACUGGGACGGACAGAAAUGUGUACAGAGUAAUCUGUGUCCUUGCGUCGACGAAUAUAGCACUUAUCCCAUUGGUUCCAAGUUUGAGAAUAAGCAAUGUGAAGAAUGCGUCUGUGUGUUGGGCGGUCAUUCCAGUUGUAAGCCCAAGAAGUGCCCGCCAUGCGUGGAGACCAAUCUGCGUUCCUUAGUUACACCGGAUUGCUUCUGUAAAUGUGAGCCUUGUCCGAAAUACCAACGCAUAUGUCCGUCCAGUGGUGAUUGUAUUCCGGAAUUAUUGUGGUGUAAUGGUAUACAAGAUUGUGCCGAUGAUGAAGAUGAUUCGUGCAGCAAGACAAUUGUGGUGACGCCUCAACCAAUCAUAAAUACGAAUGAAACCACUAUCAUCAAGUGUCCAGAGCCGGAAUGUCCACCCGACAUGAAGAUUAAGCUGACGGAGAAAAAACAACGCAAAAUGUCACAGAUGUUCGCCAGAUCCUACACCGAUAUGGAAGAGUUUGGCGAUAUGGUCAAAAUUACUAAGACUAAAUUCUUGGUAGCCGAAAGUGAGGAAUUCCUUAUGCUGCCGUCGGGCGAAGUGAGCGGUGUAAAGGAAGAAGAGUGUGCUGAAUUCACUUGUGUACCGAUACCUAAAAAAAAGAUAUUGAAGAAUGAGACCGUGACUUGUGUGGAACCCAAAUGUCCGGAGAACUAUGAAAUCGAGUUGGAUAUGUCGAAUGCGCAACCGGGACAAUGUCGCAAAUAUGCGUGCGUACUUAAGCCGACCAAGGAUGAUACGUGCGAGAUUAGUGGUAAAUUUUUCACCACAUUCGACGGCACUGAGUUCAAGUACGACACUUGCAGUCAUAUAUUGGCGCGUGAUAUCAAGAACUCGCACUGGGUGAUAACGGUACAAAUAAUUUGCGAAGAUGAGGCGCGUCGCGUUUGCCAUAAAUCGAUCACCAUCAAAGACAUCGAAUCGGCGGCCAUACUGACGAUCAUGCCGAAUAUGAAGUUGAAUUUCAACGGUUUCGAAUACAUCGUAUCGCAACUGAUGAACUCACCCAUCUGCAAGGCAGCCUUCGUCAUCUCGCAGCCGGGUCAAACGGUGUUGGUUGUGUCGCGCAAACACGGCUACUGGGUGCUUUAUGAUGACAUCGGUUACAUUAAGGUCGGCAUAUCCUCUAAGUAUCUACGCACUGUGGAUGGACUCUGCGGCUACUACGACGGCAUUGCGAGCAAUGAUAAACGCACGCCGGAUGGCACUUUGAUACAGAACACGGGCAAGUUCGGCGACAGCUGGUUCGACAAGAAGAUACCGAAGGAAAUGUGCUACCCACAAACGUGUCCAUUUGAGUUGCAAAAGAAGGCGUUGGCAUUGUGCAAUGCAAUCAAGCAUCCGGUGUUCGUUAAGUGCAACAAGGCGGUCAACUACAAACAGUUCGUCAGUAAAUGCAUGGAGAGCACUUGUGAGUGCCUGCGGGCACAUCCGGGCGAGGACAACACUUGCAAAUGCAAUGCAUUACAGGAAUUUGUUGGCAAGUGUUUGACAAUCAAUCCCAAUAUACAAUUGAGUGUGUGGCGUACAGUGCAGCAAUGCGAAAUUGCAUGCCCUGCACCAUUGAUCCACUCUGAUUGCUAUAAGCGUCGCUGUGAGCCAUCAUGCGACACGCUAAACACCGACGAUUGCCCAGUUAUACCAGAUGCCUGCUUCCCCGGUUGUUACUGUCCCGAGGGCACUGUGCGUCAGGGCAAGAAGUGCAUAACGGUUGCGGAAUGUAAGGAUUGUGUGUGCAACUCUUUCGGCAAAUCGCAGUUCUUCACUUAUGACAAGCGCAACUUCCACUUCAAUGGCAACUGCACAUAUUUGCUCUCACGUGAUAUAGUCUUACCGGGUCAAUAUAGCUUCCAGGUUUACGUUACCAUGGACUACUGCAAGCGUUUGGGUUAUGCUACGAAUUCGACCGAGGAGUCAUGCAUUAAAUCAUUCCAUGUCUUCAAUGGUGAUCAUCUCAUACAUAUUGAACGUCCGCGUGUCGGUAAGGUGCCACGCAUACUGGUUGAUGGUGCCGAGAAAUUUGUGCCAUUUAAGAAUUCUUGGGUCAGUAUGCGUGAAGUGAAUGGAAAGAAGGUUUUGCUGUCGCUAUUAGGAAAUCAUGUGGACCUGGAAGUAUCCUAUGAUGAUAUGGCUUAUGCGCUUUCGGUGCCCAGCAUCAAGUAUAGCGGCAAAAUGGAAGGUUUAUGCGGUGACUGCGAUCAUAAUCCUAAAAACGAUCUGCUUGAGAACCCCGCCAAGAAGAAGGGACGCACACCCAGCAAAGACUUAGCGGUCGUACUGCAAAGCUGGAAGGCUGAGGAACCGAAGUUGGGCCAUGAACUGCAAGUGUGCUCCAGUGAAAUUAUCACUGAGAACGAAUGCGAGCCGCCACCAGCGGAGAAAGAUGUCUGCCAGCUGUUCUACAAUCAACAGCUCUUCGGACAGUGCAAUACCAUUAUUGAUCCUGGCAAUUAUGUUGCAUUGUGUCAAAAAGAAUUGUGUAAGCCCGGCAAUCAUCAACAGAGCGCUUGUAACCUCAUGGCCGCUUAUGCACACCAGUGUGCGCAACAGGGUGUCUGCUUGAAUUGGCGUCGUCCCGACAUGUGUCCCUUCGAUUGUCCCAGCGAUAUGGUUUAUGAACCGUGCGGUUGCGCUAAGACCUGCGAUACGAUCAAGGCACAGCAUGAAUUCGACGCUGUUAAUAUGAAGACCGAUACGUUCGUCAAGACCGUGGAAUCAAAUGAUAUGUGUCUGGCUGAAGAACGUUUCGAAGGUUGCUUCUGUCCACCCGGUAAGGUAAUGGAAAAUGGUGAGUGCGUAACGGAGGAGUCGUGCGUGAAAUGCGAUGAUUUAGUGCACGCGCCAGGUGAUAAGUGGAAGAAGGAUAAGUGCACGGACUGUAAUUGUAAUCUGGAAGGAAAGGUCGAGUGCGUAGAACAGAAAUGCUUGAUUGAGGAGAAUAUCUGUGCGGAAGGCUUCAUCCCGAAGAAGAUCGAAACUGCUGACAUGUGCUGCCCACGUUACAGGUGUGUGCCGGAACAAAAGCUGCCGCCACCGGUUUCGUGUCUUGAACCCUUGAUGCCUGUAUGUGGUCCCGGACAAUUUAAGAAGCAGAAGACUGGACCAGAUGGCUGUCCACAGUUCAUUUGUGAGUGCAAGCCGAAGGAGGAGUGCGACCUAUUAGAAUUGCCACGCGCAUUGAAACCUGGUGAAAAGGUUGUGACGGAGGAUCUCGGCUGUUGUCCGACUCAAGAGAUCGUUUGUGACAUCAGCACAUGUCCACCUGCGUUGAAGGAAUGCGCCGAACGUUUCUACGAAGUUGUUAGAAAGCAGGAAUUGAACGAUUGCUGCCCGCACUAUGUUUGCGAACCACCGAAGGAUAUGUGCAUAGUACAAAAUGGACAAGGAGAGAAGUUCAUUAAACCGCUGAACGCAAAAUGGCCACAUCCGACCGAUCCUUGCAAGCAAGAGACGUGCACUUAUGGUCCAAACGGCAGUACACAAGUCAUUACCUCGACUGAGACUUGCGAUACCUUCUGUCCAGCAGGCUUUAAAUAUGAGAAUAAACAGCCCGAGCUGAAAUGUUGUGGUGACUGCGUGCAAGACAAGUGUGUACUGGGCAAUGAGCUAUACCCAGAGAAUGCUAUUUGGACGAGCCCUGACAAUUGCACAACCUAUUCCUGUCUGCGUAAAGGAGAGGUAUUGAUUGUAUCAUCCUCACAGGAGAUUUGCCCAGAUGUAAGCGCAUGCCCCGAGCACUUGUUGGUGAACUCCGAAAGUGGCUGUUGCGAGGUGUGCAAGCCGGAGCUGAUUGUGGAGAAUCAAAAGAAUUGCUUACCGGUUUCAUUGGCUGAACCUUUGACGCUGGAGCUUAUCGAAGUUGUACAGCCUGGUAUGGGUAAAUGCAUAAAUAAGGAAGCCAUACAAGGUUUCACAGAUUGCGAUGGCGCUUGUCCCUCGGGUUCGAAGUAUAACAAAGCUUCAGGCACACACGAGAAACAUUGUCGUUGCUGUAGCAUAACGGGUUGGAAGUCAGUUCCAGUGCCGCUGAUUUGUGACAAUGGCAGCAAGAUCGUAAAGAAGGUGGACGUACCAUCUACCUGUGGCUGCAAUCCUUGCGAUGAGACUACGGACUAUCAGAUUGGCGAUAAAAUUGACGUACGCAUGCACAAUUUGCCACAUUUGCUGUCUGGCAAACUCACUUAAGCACUGCACAAAAACAUUUUGAUUAAAGAAACGCGUUUUGUGCCUAAUUUUAAGAUUUGUUACUAAAGAAAGAUAAAAUACAAUUUGCAUUCGAAAAUAUUAAUAAAUAAUAAA